GGAGAGUGCAAAUCUUGUUUGGUCUGGGUCUGUGAACUUCAGCGUGACUCCAGCAACAUCCAGGAGUUAAAAAAUCUAAAACUCGUUCAAAAACUAUAUAAAUACGAAUGUGCAAAUAGAUUCAGAAGUUAGGGUGUAUUUUGGUCUUGUCUUAGAAUGACUAAAUAUAUCCAGCUCAGGAAAGUUAUUUUUUGUGAUACCAGAUAUACGGUAAAUAGUCUGUUUUGGGGUUUGCAGGCUGUACUGCCGAUUUAAACUGUUUUGUAGAACAAACUGAAUAAUAAUAAAUCAUUUUAAAUUUCCCCAAAGGCAAAGAAAUCUGAGAUAGGACGAGUUGGGACUAGUGAUCGCAGUGGUGCUCAGGGCUUCCCAGCAUGUCAGGUAUUAACAGAGCGAGUGAGAUUAAAUGUGGGAGGUAGGAUUUGCGAGGCUGGCGGAGUGCGCUGCUGCCGCUGCGAGCUGGAAACUACUGAAUGGGAAUCUAUCCGGCAACUUCAACAGAGCGCUAUCUCACGGCGACACGGGAGCUCUGCGUAAAACCGAGCGGCGCGUCUCCAAGUCUGGGUCAGCCCAACUCGCACGCGAAGAGGACGCAGAAGUUGGCUCGGCGGAGCAGCUUUUCACUUGUUCCCGGCGCGCGGCUCCCUCUAACAUGCCUGCCAUCAAGAAGGAGCGGCUGGAUGGAGACGACAUGGCUCUGACCGCGUUCAACCAGUCCGAAUACCUGGCCCCUUUAAAUGCCGCCGCCAUCCCCGUGGUGACCCCGCAUCCGCCGCCCUACGAGCACAUUUUCGCCCAUCACCGCGCGUACUUGGGGCUCCACGACUCGGCGCUGCAUCACCAGCACCUCCACCAUCACACGGACGACUUAAUGCUGGAGCGGUUCUCCUCCAUCCCUGACUUUCAGCCCUUUUUCGACAACGGGGAGCCGUGCAUCGAGGUGGAGUGCGGGGAAAACAAGGCUUUGCUUUAUAUUAACAAACUAUGUCAAGGCAGUAAGGGACCCUCAAUUAAAUACAGGGGCGAGUGGCUCACCCCCAACGAGUUCCAGUUCGUCAGUGGACGCGAGACCGCCAAAGACUGGAAACGGAGUAUCAGGCAUAAAGGAAAAAGUCUGAAGACUCUUAUGUCCAAAGGAAUCUUACAGGUGCACCCUCCUAUCUGUGACUGUCCUGGCUGCAGGAUUUCAUCUCCAGUGAACCGUGGGCGCCUGGCAGAGAAACGCACCAUCCCCCUCCCACCCAACCGGGUGCCCAAGAAGGAACUGGCCUCAAUCUUCAGCAGCGACGACAGCGAAGGCAGCGAGCGGGCCAGUGGGGAUCAUGCCCACAUCAAGCAGGAGGAGGAGCUGCAUUAUAGUAUCAUGAGAAAGAGUCGUGACAGUGACCUGUCUACAAUUAUCUCCAACCUGCACCACACCAGUCAGCACGGGAUGCCCGACGAACGUUCUGCCUCUGACCACAGCAGCAGCUCUGGACACACAGACGACCUUCUAGGCAAAAGGAAAAACUUCUCUCCUAACAGUAGCAGCGAGUGUCCCUCUGAAACCAAGAAGUCACGCAGUUUAUCUCCAAAAGAGAACUCCCAGAGUCCAGUGGUGGAAGUGGGUGGCAGCCACGGUCACAUGAGCCCCGUGGAGCAGUACAGACGCAUGAUGUCAGCGCUCAGCGAGCAGGGGUCCUACGAGGAGCAGCAGCAACGCCUCUACCAGCUAGCCAGCAGCAUGGGUCUGCAGGGCCAUGACAUGCUGCGUGCUCGUCAGGAGGCGCUGGUUGCAGCAGUCAGGAAUUCUGCAGCGUUAGAAGCUCACCUGCCGUCAGCGGGCAGCUCCUCAUCAUCCAGCCAGAGACGUAAGCAGGGCCUCCCGCAGCACCGAGACGCACAUUACACCGACAGAGAUUUGUCCCAUCCUCCACCCCUCCUGUCCCCCCCGACUGCUCCUCACAUCGCCUUAGGACCUCACCUGCGGCCUCCAUUCCUGGGCAUGCCCUCCGCUCUCUGCCAGGCCCCCGGUUAUGGGUUUCUCCAGCCAGCUCAAGCUGAGAUUCUUGCACGGCAACAAGAACUUUUAAGGAAGCAGAACCUAGCCAGACUUGAGAUGUCAGCGGAGCUGCUGAGACAGAAGGAGUUGGAGAGUCUCCACCAGCAGCAGCAGCAGCAGCGUCUGCUGGGCUCAGACCUGUUGGGAGCUCUGCCUCCUGGCUUGCCCCCCGACCAUCCUGCCCUGCGGAGUCUCCAUGACAUCCCAGAGGGGCAUCCCCUUCGUGAGGAGCUGGCUCGACGCUCUAAUGCAAUGCUGGUGCUUCGCCACGGUGCUGCCACACCCCUCCUAACUGUCAACCAGCAGCAGCAACCAGGAGCGUCCUCCACACCCAAAGAUAACCAGGCACAAAGCUCCACGGCUGGGCCCGAUCCUGAAUCCAGGAGAGGUAAUCGCAGGGAAGCCCAAGCACAGCUUUGUGUUGGAGAUCACAGAGGAGGAAGAGAAGACAGAGACAUGGAUGUGCAUGAUGAAGAGAUGAAGGACUCAGACAGCGAGACAGAGAUGUGUGAGGAGAGGCAAGAGGGUGCCCGGUCCAGCAAUAAGUCCAGAGACAGAGAACGAAACAGGGGGAAAGAGACUGGCUGUAAGGGAGGCUGUGAAAGUGCCAAAGAAGCUGGAGAGAGCUCAGACAGGCUGAGCGCUCCUUGUAGUUCAGCAGACACUGACUCACCUAGUCGGCACAUUUUCACCCCCGGACUGGGCAAGACUGAUCUAAAAUACCACCUGCCACCAGGUUUCAUGCCGCCGCUGCAUGCUCUUCAUGCACAGUCGCUGCCAUUCGGAUUCCCCUACACCAACCCUUACUUUCACGCUGGCUCUUUGGGAGGUCUUUUCGUGGAAGGGGAAGACUCGGCCACAUCCAACCCUGUGGAGGACAUCAGCAAGUGGAGUGUGGAGGAUGUGUGUGGCUUUAUAAGCAGCCUGGCUGGAUGUGCAGAAUAUGCACAGGUGUUUCGGGAGCAGGCCAUUGAUGGAGAGACAUUGCCGCUGCUCACUGAGGAGCAUCUGCUCAACACCAUGGGACUAAAGCUGGGGCCUGCACUCAAGAUCCGCUCACAGGUAGCACGCCGUGUUGGCAGGCUCUUCUACAUGACCGGAUUCCCGCUAGCAUUCCCAUUUCCACCUUCUGCCAUCUUACGUCCGUCUGAUCGGGAUCGAGACCCCCUGACGACACCAUCUGACGCCCCCCUGUCCGUCCCGCUGUCCCUGCCACACCAACCCACCUCCACCAGCAGCAGCUCUUCUGCAUACAGCGGCCCCACCCCAGGGUGCUCCUCCCCCAGAAAGGAGAACGGAACCAGCUCUGCGAUGGUGGGAAGAUACGAGGCUAAGACUCCCUCAUAGGAACACAGGAUUCGUGUUGCAGGGAGACCGAGUGGGGUCACAGUCAGACCCCAUUCACCAGACUCCUCUUUAUUCUCAGAAAUUUUAACUUAAGUUUGCAGGAAACGAUUUGACUGGAAUAACAGACUAUUGAACAACCUCUGCAGUGGCUGGAGAUGAGUGAAAUCCAAAGAAUCCGGGCUGGAAGGGAGAGAAGUGACAGAGGAACAGAGAAAGAGAAGGAAAAGGGGACAGCUGGUCACAGACAGCCUGCCAAGAAAAUGAAGCAGAGCCCCGCCACAAAUGCGACAUUCUUGCAAAUCAGACAGACGCUAGCGGAAACCCUUCCUUCCUUCCUGGGCAGGAGGAAGCUCUCCUCACUGACUUUCUAUCUCUGACUGCACUUAGCCCAAGCCCACCAGAGCCCGGGAAUUAAAAAGUGACGCAUCUCCCUUUUAUCCUCUCUCCCUUCUCUUUAUCUCGACUAUUUCCCCGAGGCCAAAACGACAGCAUGGCACUUUCGUUAUAGAGGCUGGAGUUGAAACACAUGCUGAAUAGCACUGGAUCUGACCAGCUCCCUCUUGUAUCACUGCAACUAUGCAUUCCACUGUCCUGAUACCAAAGAUGAUACCGGAUGGAUGGAAUAAGAAAAGUUUCACAUCGAGUCUGAUUGUUUUUUGUUUUUGGUCAGGUCCAGAGAACGGGAAAUGCUGAAAUAGGGCCUUGACUCUUUUCAAGGUGACGUAGGUAGACUGGCACUUAAAGCUAUCAUAAACGGAGAGGUCUCAUUGUUGUGUGCAGCUUGUUUAUUGUACACUUGUGUCGACUACUGUCAAAGGCAGGAUGAACAUGCAAAAUUGUACAGAAUCACGCUUAAGAUGAAAAUAUUCUGGUUACUUACAUGGUACUUUUUUUGUUAAAUGUAGUUGCACGAAUAAGAAUUUCUUAACUGAAAAAUGUGACAUGCUCAACUUUGGUGGUACUUUUGUUCCUAAUUUUCUACAAAAAAAAAACUAAAAAAAAUAAAGAAAAUAGUGUAAUAUAAAAAAAAACGAGGCGGAAAUCUCAAAUGCUACUCCAGCAUACAAAUAUGAGGACAGAAUUAUUUAUAGGACUUCUGAUGUAGUAGAUAAAGCAGAUUAUGAUAUGUAUAAAAAUUAGCCCUUAAAAUGGAUCCAAAGAUACUUUUAGUUUGUUUUCUCUUGGUUGCAGGGAAAAGAAAAGGCACAACGCUCUUAAUGCAAAUGUAUUGAAUUUCUUAUGGAUUUUUUUAAAACAACGCAAGCAAUGAAUUCAAAAUGCUCUCUAGAUUUCCCUUCAAAAGUUUUGUUUUCAUCCUAUUUUUCUAUUCACCACACAGGUGAAAUAAAUCCUAAAGAAACAGA